UCUUCUUCUUCUUCUUCUUUUCCCCACUCGUUCCUUUAUAUUCCUCCCCACAAAAAUCCCCACCCUUUCCAAUUCAUAAACCGAUUCUUUCUUCCUCCUUUCUUUCUGCACCGAUUUCACUCCAGUACUGCCCACUUGGGAACCCAGAAGAACAAAACAAAAAACAAAAAAGAAGGGGACAAUUCACGGAUUCACUGUCAAUGGAGCUUCAGCUGGGUCUCGCUCUUCCCACCGCCGGCACCAACAACAAUGACAACAGCUUGGUCUUCGGUAAUAGUAAUAAUGGAAAUCACGAGGUGAUCGUACAAUCCUGGCUUCCCGCCGCCGACAACGGAGGCGGCGAAGGAACAGAGUGUUCGGACACCAGCGCCGGGAAACGGCGCCGUUUGCUCGACGGGGACGUCCGUCUUCCUCUUCCUCCCGUUGAUCUCAAAACCCUCCCCUUGUUGCAAUGGGCCGCCGGCGAGGAAAACGACGAUAAUUGCUCUGUCGUUCUUAACAACAGAAUUGAAGCGGAAGAAGAGGGAGAUAGCGACGGCGGCGACGGGAUUGUGGGGUGGCCGCCGAUUAACUUCCGGCGGAACAAGAAACAGAGGAACCAGAUGAUGGUCGUUAAUCGGCCUUCUUCUUGUUCCGGGGAAUGCGGAGCGGCGGGGCCCACGCCGUCAAUGUACGUGAAGGUGACGAUGGACGGAGUCGGGAUCGGAAGGAAGGUCGAUCUUGCACUCCACGAUUCCUUCUCUUCCCUUAGACGGCAACUCUUCGCAAUGUUCGGACUACCGGAAGAGAAUCCCUGGGACGGCGGCGCCGGCGCCGGCGAGUAUCAGCUUACGUAUCAAGAUCCGGAAGGCGACUGGCUAUUGGCUGACGACAUCUCAUGGAGGAGUUUUAUUGGGUCAGUGCAGCGGCUGAGGCUGAUGAGGAGCAGCAGCAGUGGCAGCAGCUGAUUGAAUUGAGGAUUAGAUAGGGUCAGGAUUUGGUCCAAGUUUUGCUCACAGUACUUUUUUCUGAUCUGUAGUGUAGCAUAACUAAGCGUGUAUAGAUAUUACAGAGUCUAAUUUGUAUGUUAUUAUGAACUUGUGAUACUUGAUUUUAUAAUUACU